UCGAAAUUUGAAUCAGUCCGCUUUGAACAGCGUUUGAGGGACGACGUGCGUUCAUUUUAUCUAAAGCGCCGAAACUUUUUACGAUAUUGUGAUAAGUGUUUUCGUGACUGAGUUGAAUGAAUAUGACUCAAAAUAACAUUUGUAUCUAUUGUUUUUAUACUGUGGGAAUAUGAUGGCUCGGAUUUUCUGUGUUUUGCUGCUCUCCUGGUUGGUGGCUGCCGACCAGGAAGACUCUGAAGGUGGCAAGUGUGAGAGGAUCAAGUUAUCACAAUGCCAGGAUUUACGGUACAAUUGGACAGCAAUGCCCAACCUGAUGGGUCACAGGGACCAGAAGGAAGCAGAGGAAGCGAUGGCGUUAUUUGAGGGCAUCUUAUCAAGCGAAUGUUCCGUCCACGCGCGCUUCCUGCUCUGCUCUGCCUUCGCCCCGCUGUGUUCUGAAGACGUCUCUGCUUCUAUAAGCGCCUGUAGAUCCGUAUGCGAAAAAGUGGUUGAAGAUUGCAAGGACCAGAUAAAACUGCUACCGGCUAACAUCGCGUUUGACUGCACUGCGUUUCCUUUGAGGCCCGACAGAAGGCUCUGCAUGCGACCGCCAAAUGCGAGUGAGUUGGAACAAGAACCUCCGCCGCCUCCUCGCUGGCCGUUCCAUGAUCAUGAGCUCAGAGAACACGGCUGCCCACCAGCUCAUACACGAGCACCCACGGGAGAGUGUUGGCCAGCUUGUGGCCAACAUGCCAGAUACACACAAACAGACAAGCGAUCGGCAGAGAUCUCCAUGAAUAUUUUAGCAUGGUUCUCUUUGUUAUCUACAUCGUUCGCGCUGCUGACUUUCUGCGCGGAACCAUCAAGAUAUCGCUACCCAGAGCGGCCCGUAGUAUGGAUGGCGGCUUGCCACGCUCUUGUAGCUUUGGCCCACGUAACACGAGGCUGGCUAGGUGCCAAGUUAGUGUCCUGCUCCGGAUCUACCUUAGCCGUCGAUGGAUUAGCCUCUCCUACGUGUGUGGCUUUCUUCUCAUUAACAUAUUAUUUCACGUUGGCUGCUGACGCAUGGUUUGCCAACGCCUGCGUCGCGUGGUACUUGACUGCGGCCAGUGAAUGGUCUACGGAAGCAUUAGAACGUGCCGCGGCGUAUCUUCAUGCAGUAGCAUGGGGCUGGGCUGGCGCAUGGACUGCAGCAGCUCUAGCGCUGCGCAGAGUAACCGCUGAAGAAUUGACUGGAACGUGCGGCAUAUCUGAUGCAGCGGCUGCAGCGCUUAUUGGCGUGCCGCGAGGCGCAUUGCUCGUUACUUCGAUUGCGUUAGCGAUUGGUGCCUGUCCUGGUAUUAUGAGAGUGCGACGUGCGUUAGAUUCGAGAGGCGCAAAGCGCGUAGGAAGGCUAGCAAUGCGCGCAGCAGCGGGAGGACUGUUUUAUUUGCUAUUAGCCGGAUUUGCAACCGGAGUAAAAGUUAUUGAAGCUCGAAAUAGGGAGAUACAGACUAAAUUAGCUUUAUUCGCUGCUUUAGAAGCAGGAAGUGUGGAGAAUACAGCGGGGGCGAGCGGAGUUUCCGUCUGUUUGUGGUUAUCGUGCGGAAUCGCGGCGGGCGCAUGGGCGUGGUCCAGAAAAACCGCCGUGGUUUGGAAAAAGGCGUUGUGUCCACCGCGUAAGACGCCAUGUUGUGGUCCCCCCUUACUCAGAACUCAUCACCCGUAUUAUAAGCGACCCCUCCACGUGUCCAGGGUGUAAUGUCUCAUAACUGUUAGUGUAAUUAAGUGCCUUUAUUUGCCUUCUGUGAAGGCGCUCUCGAUAUUUGUACAAAUUUUGUAAAUAAUGUAAAUUUUAUAUAAAAAAAUAUACUGUUGAUUUUA